CCCCGAGAGCCUUUUUACUCACAAAAGAUCACACGCAAACAUAUAGCAAUUGCCGAGCUUUCUCUCUCUCUCUUGUUUGCUUUCUAAAAAGUAUUGUUUUCUGAAAGUAGUAACUCAUCACUAGCACUACAAUGGCAAGCUCAGCAAUGCUUAAGGUGGCUUGUGUGGUAGUGGUACUCAUGUGCAUGGUGGUGACUGCACCACAAGCCGAGGCAGCCGUGACAUGUGGUACGGUGGUAACAAGCCUGACCCCUUGCCUCGGCUACCUGAGGAGCGGUGGUCCGGUGCCAGCCCCAUGCUGCAGUGGGGUUAAGUCCCUCUACAACGCUGCUAGCACCCCAACUGACCGCCAGACCGCUUGCAGAUGCAUGAAAUCAGCUGCAACCGCUGUCCCCGGUAUCAAUAUGGCCAACGCUUCUGGCCUCCCUGGAAAAUGUGGUGUCAACAUUCCUUACAAGAUCAGCCUCAGCACCGACUGCUCCAAGGUGCACUGAGGUUGAUGCACAAGUCAGUCACUGUCACCGGAUCCAUCCAAGGUACUUGGUGUGUGAAUAAGGAUGGGCAUGCAUCUGAAUCCUCAUUGGUUGCCAGUUGAGCGACCCUCCAGUUUGCAAUAGCAGCGUGUCAUGUAGUUUGUGGUUGUGUGUAGUGACCACUGUAUCUUUUUAUUUCUAUUGAAUCUAUCCCACUUAAUUUA